UAGAGCAACAUACUAAAGAGAAAAAAAAGAAAGAUAUUGUGCACUUUAAGUUUCAUAAUUUAUAUUACAAGGGUAUAAUGCCGAGUCUACAAGGAAUCAACAUGGCAAUGACAUUGAUUCAUGAUGCAAGAGAAGAGAAACAUGAAAACAUUCAAGAAGAGAACAUUAAUAGUCUUACCAAUCUUGCUAUCACGCAAUGCAUUGGCGAAACAGAUGCCAAUUUGAAUGCACUAAUUACUCGCUAUGUGGAUACUAUAACCAAGAACAACUUACGUAACUUAGGUUACCCCACGAAUCAAGACUUCAAUUAUGACGCAUUGGCACCAUUGAUUCAUUUUCAUUUGAACAAUGCUGGAGAUCCAUUUCUUGGAAGCAGUUUCUCUCUAAAUUCAAUGACAUUUGAAGUUAGUGUGCUUGAUUGGUUUGCUAAACUAUGGGAGAUAGAGAAGAAUGAGUAUUGGGGAUAUGUCACAUCUGGUGGAACUGAAGGCAAUCUUCAUGGAAUUUUAGUAGGGAGAGAAAAAUUUCCAGAUGGAAUUCUAUAUACUUCAGAAGAUUCACAUUAUUCAAUACCGAAAAUAGCAAGAAUGUAUCGAAUGCAAUGUGUGAAGGUUGGUUCUUUGAUCUCUGGUGAAAUUGAUUGUGUUGAUCUAGAGACUUCUCUACUUGCCAACAAGGACAAACCAGCCAUCAUCAAUCUAAACAUAGGGACGACUUUGAAAGGAGCUAUUGAUGAUAUUGAUCUUGUAAUACAAACACUUUACAAAUGUGGAUUUACUCGUGAUCGAUUCUACAUUCAUUGUGACGGUGCUCUAUUUGGUAUCAUGUUGCCUUUUAUCGAACAAGCUCCAAGGAUUAGCUUCAAGAAACCUAUCGACAGUGUAACUAUUUCGGGUCAUAAGUUUUUGGGAUGUCCUUCGCCUUGUGGUGUUUUGAUAACUCGUUUGAAAUACAUCGAUGCCCUCUCAAGAGAAUGUGGCAUCAUUGCUUCAAGGGAUGCUACAAUCACAGGUAGCCGUAGCGGGCAUGCUCCAAUCUUAAUGUGGUACGCUCUCAAAAAAAGUGGUUUAAUAGGACUUGAGAAUGAAGUGAAUAAUUGCAUGAUGAAAUCACGUUACUUACUAAAUAAACUACGUGAUGCUGGAAUUGGUGCAAUGUUAAAUGAGUUUAGCAACAUAGUUGCAUUUGAGAGGCCCCAAGAUGAUCAAUUUACCCGUAGAUGGAAUUUGGCAAGCAAUAAAAAUAUUUCACAUGUGGUAGUGUUGAAACAUGUUACUAUUGAAAUGCUUGACUCAUUUGUUCUUGAGUUUGUCCAAAAACGAUUGAUUUGGUCUAAAUAUGGACAAUUUCAGCCUCUAUGCAUUGCAAACGACGUUGGUUCUAGAAAUUGUGCUUGUUCGGUACACAACUUAUCUGGAAAUUAUCAGCUAAAUUGUAUGUGAUGUAUUGGCUUGGAUGGCUUCCGUCGACGAUUUGGUGGAGUGUGAUGGUGGAGAAUUACUUCUUGUUUUUGAUUCAUUGUUUUUUAAUUCAUUGUUGAAAGAGAAAAAUUCAAAAAAAUAAAAAGAAAAUCUCGUAUUGUUUGGCUAGCAACCUCGUACAUUUGGUUGGAAAGAAAUGAUAUACUCUUCAAUGGAAAGAUCACAAACUUGAAGGAGGUUGUUUGUUACAUCAAGAGAACAUCUUAGAUUGGUUUAUUAAUUGGGAGGGUAGAGGUAAUGUUUUUACUUCUUUUUUUUUUGGGUUGGUGGAAUAAUAUGUUAUCAUGUCUUCAAAUUAUGUAUGAAAAUUUAUUAUUAUAAUGGGUUUUGUAUCCCCUUGUACUCUC